UUGACCAGAUGAGUCUGUUUCGAGAUAAACUAGGCCAGGGCGGCUCAGUGAAGGUCUGUCGUGUGGUGGCUGGUUGGAGCUGCCAGGGCGGUGAGUGUUCUUUUCCAAGUUACCCUCCUUUCUGAUGAAGCAAAAUGAGAUGGGAGCUGUCCCCCAAAAGCCAAGGUCUCAGGACUGCAUCCCUUAAGACAUGUGCCUCUGCCCUGAGUAAGGAAUGAGCUAAGGACACACAGGGUGUCUCUUAAAUCUGUCAGUUCUUAAUGGCUGAGUGCAUGGGAGGCCUUCCUAGGUUAAGUGAGGGCUGCAACCUAGGUGAGCCACAGGACCCCUCCCCUUCCCAAACUGCUGUGUUCCCAUAGUAGUGCCUUGACACAGCCCCAUAGCCCCUUUGGGAACGUUUACUUAAAGUAACAGUCAGUGGUGCCUUGGGGUAUGCCCCAGGCUUCCCCAGACCUGGAUAAGAUAGGAUCCCCUUGCAAGUUGGGAGGGAGUGUGUGACUUCGCAUACGGGCCAGUCCCGCACUGCGGGGUGCCCGCUGGACGGUGCCAGAACCCUCGCGUGCGCGGGGCCCCGCACCACGGGGCAGUGACGGGGCCGUCCGUUCGGUUCCAAACGUCCGCUGGCUGCAGCCGGCGCAAGGGGAGGGUGUAGCGUGGAGAGCGGACGACUGGACAGCCGAGGGUUGGCGGCUGUCCGGACCCCGCUGGGGAGGCGGGCGCGGGUCCCCAGGAGCGGAGGGUGGGAAGCCCGGCGGCCAGGCGCUUUGCCUCCAUUUUCCAGUGACUGAUGCCCUGGGCAGCGCCCGGGGGCGCAGUGGGCAGUGAGGGGGACAUGGCCGCCUGGCCAGCCGAGGGCGCGGACCGCUGCUGAGACGGCGCACGAUGCCGCCCGCGACGGCGGCCACCACCAUGGUCUCCCUUCGGGAGCUGGCGGACUUGGCCAUCGGCACCCCGGAGGUGGGCGCUGUCAACUUCACGGCCCUGCACACGCUUAUCGUGGCCAUGCUCCGGAGCCUCAACCUGCAGGAGGUGCGCAUCGACUUCCAGUCGCCGUUGCCGUCGCCGGAGACGAGCCGCCCCUUGGAGAUCGCGCAGACCGCGCUCAGCGCCCCGCAGCUGGCUGCGUCCAGGGAGAAGCCGCGCGGCAGCCUGACCAAGCCACCGACGGCCGCGGCGACGCUCGAGAGCCAGGUGAAGGGCCUGGGCGGGCAGGUCCAGGACCUCAGCAGGAAGCUCAAGACCGUCACGAGCCAGGUGCAGGGCAUCGUGAGCCACGUGCAGCACCUUACGGCUCCCAUCAGCGAGCUGGACGCCCGGGACUGGCUGGAGGAGGAGACCGCCAAGCUGGCGCCGGCCAGGGCACGAGCAGGGUCGUUGAAAACCGCGAAGGGCGAGCGGGCCAUCGUCUCCCAGGUCUCCCAGGCCAUGGAGCUGCUGCGCGACGUCGUGGAGGACGUGAAAACCCUCAAAGAAGCCCAGGAAAAGGCGCAGGAGCUCCCAGCGACAGCCUUCCAGCGAAUCGAUGCUCUAGAGAAGAUGGUCAGAGAACGGGAUGAAUUCCUGGACCUCGUGGGCCGGAAGAUGAGUUUGAUGCCUGUUGGAGAAGAAGUCACCAUGGUCACCUGGGAGGAGCUGGAGCAAGCCAUUACUGACGGCUGGAGGGCCUCACUAGGGGGCUCAGAGACAAUGACGGGACUCCCUCAGCGCAGAGGGCACGCGUCCGCAACGUCAGAUGACAUACUUCAAGGCGGAGUCCCCAUCAAGCGGUCAAGUGCUGACCGGGCUGUGGAUUCUCCCCGUGCUUAUGGCUCAGAUCAGACCUUUUCAGGACUUGGUGGAGUAAGAAACCCCUCUGAAGGGGUCACCAGGGAACAAGGCAGAGGUGCCUCGGCUGCCACAUUCCCUGCUAGAGAACAGCACCCCAGGGCCCGUAACGAAGCUGGCCUGGCAAAGACCCAUCACCCAUCUGCAUCCCAAUCCAGAGUAGAGUCAGAUCGCCCCAGGACGAGAGAGCUGCCGUUGCACAGCUCAGCCCAUCUAAGAAAAGAGGAACGAGAAGCACAGCCUGGUCCCACCCUACAGGACCUAUCCUCAGGCCCUGUGGCCGGAGAUGAGCAUCAAGGUCACCCAGAUCAGCACUGGGGGGUGGAUGCAAGCCUGGGUCGAAUCCAGCCCGGGCCGGAUCAGCAUGGAUUGGGACCACAUGGCGUGGACCCACUGGUGUGGCAGCAUCCCAGGACUUACCCACGUGCUGUGGUACCGCACAGCGUGGGUCAGCUCGGUGUGAUGCCACCUGGGAUGGAUGAGUGGGGCUUGGUAACACCUGGCCCGGAUCAGUAUGGGAUGGUGCCACCAGUAGUACCCGGCACACACCAGCAAGGAUGGGAACUACCUAGCCCAGUUCAGCCUGGUACGGUUCCACCUGGCGCAUAUCAGUAUGACACAGGACUUCCUGGCACAGCCCAACAGCCUGGUGUGGAUCCGCGCGGAUGGGUGCCCCUGGCUGCAGAUCAGCGUGGAUUUUUAAUACCUGGUGUGGAUCAACAGGGAUUGGUUCCACACCUCACACAUCAACGUGGUUUGGCAUCCCCUGGUUUGAUGCAAGUUGUUGCAGAUCGGCAAGGUUUUGUACAGCCCAGCUUGGAAACAUCUGAGUUCACUCAUCCUCACACAGAUCAGCAUGAUAUAAUACAGCCUGGGCCAGACCAGCAUGGUUUGGUACCAGCGGGAGCCGGUCAGCGUGGUUUGGUGCAGCCUGGUGCAGAUCGGCAUGGUUUGGUCCAGACUCUUGUAGAUCCAAGUGGUUUGGUCCAGCCUGGUGCUGAUCUACCUGAUUGGGCACAGCCUGGUGCAUAUCCCAGUGACUGGGGACAGCCUGUUGCGUAUCCUUUUGACUCGGUACAGCCCAAUGUAUACCCAUCUGGUUUGGUCCAGCCAAGUGCAGUUCAGCCUGGUUUGACACAAUCUGGAAUAGGUCAGCAAGAUUCAGCCCAACUUAGAACGGAUCAGCGCACUUUGGUGGAGCCUGAAAUGGAUGAACAUGGUUUGGUCCAAGUUGGAAUGGAUCACCGUGUUUUGUUCCAGCCUGGCACGGUUCGGCCUACUUUAAUGCAGCCUGGUGCAGGUCAGCGUGGUUUGGUCCAACCUGUUAUAAGUCAGCAUGAUUUGGCUGUCCAACCUGGAAUAGAUCAGCGUGAGUCAUUCCAACUUGGCAUGGAUCAGCGUGGUUUGGUGCAGCCUGGCUUGGUACAGCCUGGCAUGGAUCAGCGUGGUUUGGUGCAACCUGGUGCAGGUCAGCCUAGCAUGGAUCAGCGUGGUUUGGUGCAACCUGGCGCAGGUCAGCCUGGCAUGGAUCAGCGUGGUUUGGUGCAACCUGGUGCAGGUCAGCCUGGCUUGGCACAGCCUGGCAUGGAUCAGCGUGGUUUGGUGCAACCUGGUGCAGGUCAGCCUGGCUUGGCACAGCCUGGCAUGGAUCAGCGUGGUUUGAUGCAACCUGGCGCAGGUCAGCCUGGCAUGGAUCAGCGUAGUUUGGUGCAACCUGGUGCAGGUCAGCCUGGCUUGGCGCAGCCUGGCAUGGAUCAGCGUGGUUUGGUGCAACCUGGUGCAGGUCAGCCUGGCUUGGUGCAACCGGGCAUGGAUCAGCGUGGUUUGGUGCAACCUGGUGCAGGUCAGCCUGGCUUGGCACAGCCUGGCGUGGAUCAGCGUGGUUUGGUGCAACCUGGUGCAGGUCAGCCUGGCAUGGAUCAGCGUGGUUUGGUGCAACCUGGUGCAGGUCAGCCUGGCUUGGUGCAACCGGGCAUGGAUCAGCGUGGUUUGGUGCAACCUGGUGCAGGUCAGCCUGGCUUGGCACAACCUGGCAUGGAUCAGCGUGGUUUGCUGCAACCUGGUGCAGGUCAGCCUGGCUUGGUGCAACCGGGCAUGGAUCAGCGUGGUUUGGUGCAACCUGGUGCAGGUCAGCCUGGCUUGGCGCAACCUGGCAUGGAUCAGCGUGGUUUGGUGCAACCUGGUGCAGGUCAGCCUGGCUUGGUGCAACCGGGCAUGGAUCAGCGUGGUUUGGUGCAACCUGGUGCAGGUCAGCCUGGCUUGGCACAGCCUGGCGUGGAUCAGCGUGGUUUGGUGCAACCUGGUGCAGGUCAGCCUGGCUUGGUGCAACCGGGCAUGGAUCAGCGUGGUUUGCUGCAACCUGGUGCAGGUCAGCCUGGCUUGGCACAGCCUGGCUUGGAUCAGCGUGGUUUGGUGCAACCUGGUGCAGGUCAGCCUGGCUUGGCACAGCUUGGCAUGGAUCAGCAUGGUUUGGUGCAACCUGGUGCAGGUCAGCCUGGCUUGGUGCAACCGGGCAUGGAUCAGCGUGCUUUGGUGCAACCUGGUGCAGGUCAGCCUGGCUUGGCACAGCCAGGCAUGAAUCAGCGUGGUUUGGUGCAUACUGGCACAGGUCAGCCUGGCUUGGCACAGCCUGGCAUGGAUCAGCGUGGUUUGGUGCAACCUGGUGCAGGUCAGCCUGGCAUGGAUCAGCGUGGUUUGGUGCAACCUGGCAUAGGUCAGCCUCGCUUGGCACAGCCUGGCAUGGAUCAGCGUGGUUUGGUGCAACCUGGCUUGGCACAGCCUGGCAUGGAUCAGCAUGGUUUGGCGCAACGUGGCAUAGGUCAGCCUGGCUUGGCACAGCCUGGCAUGGAUCAGCGUGGUUUGGUGCAACCUGGCACUGUUCAGCCUGACAUGGCACAGCCUGGCGUGGAUCAGCGUGGUUUGGUGCAACCUGGCGCAGGUCAGCCUGGCUUGGCACAGCCUGGCAUGGAUCAGCAUGGUUUGGUGCAACCUGGUGCAGGUCAGCCUGGCUUGGCACAGCCUGGCGUGGAUCAGCGUGGUUUGGUGCAACCUGGUUCAGGUCAGCCUGGCUUGGCACAGCCUGGCGUGGAUCAGCGUGGUUUGGUGCAACCUGGCACGGAUCAGCGUGGUUUGGUGCAACCUGGCGCAGGUCAGCCUGGUUUGGCACAGCCUGGCAUGGACCAGCGUGGUUUGGUGCAACCUGGCGCAGAUCCACGUGGCUUUUCUCAACCUGGAGCAUAUCCUCCUGGAUUGAUUCAACCUGGCGCAUAUCCACUUGAUUUGGUACAGCCUGGUGCCUAUCCACGUGGUUUGGUCCAACCUGGUGCUUAUCCACAAGGUUUGGGUCAAUCUAGUGCCUAUCCUCGUGGUUCAGUUCCACCUGGUGCCUAUCCUCGUGGUUUGAUCCAGCCUGGUACAUAUCCACACAGUUUCAUGCAGCCUAGUACUGAUCAGCGUGGUUUGGUUCAACCUGAAAUUGAUCAGUAUGGCUUGAGGCAGCCUGGUACCGGACAACCAGGUGUGAUACCAGCAGGCACAGGGCUGCGUGGCUUUCCAGCAUUUGCCCCAGAUUUUCCAAGAUCUUUAGCACAUCCAUAUCACCCUGGUGUAAUACCUCCUGGCAGAUAUCAACAUGGUCAGGUGUCAACACUCCUAGCCAAUCAAGGUUUGGCAUCACCAGGUAUUGGCCAGAAGGGUUUAUCAGAAACUUACCAGCAAGGUUUGUUACAUCGUGGCACAGACCAGCAUGGCCUGACACCAUUAAGCCCCCAUGUGGGAUCUGUACAGCGAGCUCAACAGCAUUUGGUUUCGCCUGGCCCAGAUCAGCAUGGCCAGGGACAAGCAGGCACAGAACAGCAAGACCAUGUAUCCUCUAUCCCAGAAUCCUGGGACCGAUCCUAUCCUGGCCCUCACGGCCCAGAUGUCCUGGAGGUAGAUCCACGUGUCCAGAUGGGUUUGGAUCCAAAACAAAUACAUGCCUCAGGCCAGCCUGCCUUUCCCAGGAGCGCAGACUUUCUCAGCGACCUCCAUGGAGUUUCCUCCGAAAAGAGCGAUUUCCAGAGCGAGAGACGAGACUCGCUGGAUAAAUUAGCUCCGACCUUCCCCAUGGCAGUGGAAACAUUUCGUCUGAUGGGAGAGCUCCUUGGCCUCUAUGUAGAGCUCAAGGAGAACAUGAAGGAGCUGGACGAGGAGCAGGCUGGCCAGACCGACCUAGAGAAGAUCCAGUACCUGCUCGGCCUCAUGGUCAAGAAGGCUAUACCCCCAGACCUGCAGGAACAGCUGAACACCUUAAAGUCCUUAACCAAAGAAGUUCGGCAGGAGAAAGCAAAGAUGGAGAGGAUGCAGAAGAUCCUGGAGGACAACGGUGAACACGGAACAGGAAAAGACCUGAAGAAUGGCUCGCUGAGCUUGCAGCUGGGAAUCCUCAGAGUGACCGUGGCUGACAUCGAGAAGGAACUGGCCGAGCUGAGGGAAAGCCAAGAGCGGGGCAAGGUCAGCAUGGAGCACUCGGUCUCCGAAGCCUCCCUCUACCUGCAGGACCAGCUUGACAAGCUCAGGGCGAUUAUCGAGAACAUGCUGGCCUCAUCUUCUACGCUGCUGUCCCUGAGCAUGGCUCCUCACAAGACGCUGUCCACUUUGGAACCUGGCCAGAUUGACCCGGAGGCCACCUGCCCUGCCUGCAGCCUGGACCUGAGCCACCAGGUCAGCACGCUGGUGCAGCGCUACGAGCAGCUUCAGGACAUGGUCAACAAUCUGGCUGCCUCCCGGCCCUCCAAGAAAGCCAAGCUCCAGAGCCAGGAUGAAGAGCUGCUGGGCCACGUCCAGAGCGCCAUCCUGCAGGUGCAGGGCGACUGCGAGAAGCUCUACAUCACCACCAGCAGCCUCAUCGAAGACCACCGGCAGAAGCAGAAGGACAUUGACGUGCUGUACCAGGGCAUAGAGAAGCUCGAGAAGGAAAAGGCCAACAGAGAGCACCUGGAGAUGGAGAUUGACGUGAAGGCUGAUAAGAGCGCCCUGGCGGCCAAAGUGAGCCGUGUCCAGUUCGAUGCCACCACAGAGCAGCUGAACCACAUGAUGCAGGAGCUGGUGGCGAAGAUGAGCGACCACGAGCAGGACUGGCAGAAGAUGCUGGACAAGCUCCUGGUGGAGAUGGACAGCAAGCUGGACCGCCUGGAGCUGGACCCCGUGAAGAAGUUGCUGGAAGACCGCUGGAAGUCCUUGCGCCAGCAGCUCAAGGAGCGCUCUCCCCUCUACCAGGCGGACGAGGCGGCGGCCAUGCGGAGGCAGCUCUUGGCACAUUUCCACUGCCUCUCUUGUGACCGGCCCUUGGAGACAGCUGUGACUGGACAAUUUAUCCCGGUGACUCCUGUGGGCCCAGCCCUGCCUGGGCACCGCUCCACCCGCCCCUACACUAUCUUCGAGCUGGAGCAGGUCCGGCAGCAGAGCCGCAACCUCAAGCUGGGCGGUACCGCCUUCCCUCGGGGCGACUUGGCGCACAUGGAGCGGAGCGUGGGGCGCCUGCGCACCAUGCACUCCAAGAUGCUGAUGGACAUUGAGAAGGUGCAGAUCCACUUCGGAGGCUCGGUCCGGGCCAGCAGCCAGAUGAUCCGGGAGCUGCUGCAGGCACAGUGCCUGAGCUCCCCCUGCUACAAACGGGUGCCGGAGACAGCCGACUACGUGUACUCGAGCGUCCCCCGGCGCUGCGGGGGCAGCCACACCCUCACGUACCCCUACCGCCGCAGCCGUCUACAGCACCUGUCCCAGGGCCUGUACCCCACCGAGGAGGUCCAGAUCGCCAUGAAGCAUGAUGAGGUGGAUAUCUUGGGCUUGGAUGGACAUAUUUACAAGGGACGGAUGGAUACAAGGCUGCCGGGCAUCUUGACCAAAGACACCUCCGUCUCCGGGAUGAGCAAGCACAAGGCCAAGCAUUCCCGGCCCCACGUGCACAGGCAGCAGUCCCUCAGCGACAACGGCCAGCUGCCCUCGAGACCUCAGAGUGCCCAGAUGCUGGCUGUCAACAGCCCAGCUCCUCCUCGUCCACGGAAAGACAGACCCCUGUCUUCUGAGGGGCGCCUCGCCCAGCCCAACACGGCUCACCCGCCCAGCCCCAGCGAGUUGGAGAUGCACAUGGACAUGCCCCCCGGGGAGGGGCCUGAGGAGCCCACCCGGGGACCGCGGUCCACCACUGCUCAGUGAGCAAAGGUAUUAAUAAAUGUUUAGGAAGAAG